AUGAGUACUAGCUCUAGUUACACAAACAACUAUAUUCAGCAGCACAAUGGAGAUGAAAGAUGCGAUUGUGGACGAAAAGCAGUGAUGAGACCCUCAUUAACUGUGAAAAAUCCAGGUAGAAGGUUCCUUGGUUGUGUAAACUAUAAGCAAAAGAAUGGAUGCAAGUUCUUCGUAUGGGUGGAUCCACCAACAUGUGAAAGAGGGUUGGAAUAUGCUAAGAUAAUGCAAGCAAAAAAAGAAGAACUCGAGAGACAAAUUGAAGACUUCAAGAUGAUGAAUAAUGAGUUGGGAAGAGGAAUGCACAAAUUGGAACAAGAAAAUGAUGCAUUGUUCGUGAAGUUAGCAGAGUUGACUGAGAUUAAUGUCAACCUAGAAGGACAGACUAGGCCAAAGAGGAGAAAGAGUAGGCUAACAAAUUUGACAACGCUUGUUGUAGUACUCAUCGUUCUAAUACCCAGCAGUUUUGAAGCUCCAAACACUACACUUACUAUAGUCCCAGAACUUGCAUCUGGAUCUAAAUGA